AUGCAGCACAUCGAGCACACCGGCAUCUCCUCAGCUUGCGGCCGGGGCAGAUGGAGCCUCGUAGGUGACCGCUUUCUUCACCAUGACGACGACUCACUGGGCUCUGGCAGAUAUGAGAGGGAAAACAAGCCGGAGAUCUCUCUCAUGGAAUUCAAGACCGAACGCCGCAAACAGGACAGCAAUGACGAUGACGACUGGAUGCCGUGGUACUCGCUCGAAUACGGCAUAGAGGAGAGCGACAGCGCGUCUGUAGUCACCGAGCGCGACCCGUUCGACAAGAAACUCGACUACACUUUCCGCGUCACUCUUGUCAGCGCAGCCGACACCAAUAGCCGUAGCUUCUCCGGCACGUGGGAGCAGAAUGGAAAGGAAUAUGAAUGGAAAGGCACGCUCAGGAAGUUGACGACUCGCAGCCGUACAGCCUGUGCGGCGCCCGAGCGUGGCCCAGGCGGGCAGACCCUGCAGCAGCUCCUGUCCACCUCGAGCCUGUCCUCGGUGACCAAAGUGCAGUCCGAGAAUGUGGUCGUACGGGAGGACAUCGCUCAGAACGAGGGUGAUCGUAUAUUUGCUCGGAUCAUCCUUCACAGUGCCCCCGACGAUGUCAAAGAGCUGCUGUGUCCGGACCUGCCGGCGCUUGACCCGGACGAGACGAAGAUCAAGGAGUUGGGUCCCGAAUACCUUGAGCGGGCGGGCAUCGUGAACAUCAUAGCGUAUAUCAAAAACAUGAAAGAGGUCUCCCCAAGACAGAGAAGGCGGAUCGACGAGACCAAAUGUCAAGCGUUCACCAAGGCUUGCGCUGCGUUCGGCGAGCCGAAUGCGGGCGUCGUCGACCACAUGAAGGUCUCGCCCGACGAUCUCUCUAAGUUCCAGGUCCAGUAUCGUGCCAUUGCCCAAGCCUGCUACCGUCUCGGCUACAUUCGUGCGGUUCUCUCUUUUCAACCGUUCCUGGCAGAAGCCAGGUACUGGUACACACGUCUCGCCACGUACCUCGUGUCCGAGAGGCAUCUCAUGGAGCUGAAGCAGAGAGUCAGGUGCUCCGACACACGUAUUCAGCAAGACAUAUUCGAUUGGCAGAACAAACUCCAAAUUCUGGAAGAAAGGGCCGGCGACAUCGGCAAUGCACCACAGAUCCCGGAUGUUGUCGCUGAGCUGCACGGCGUGGCUACGUUCGCGAUUCUCGACGGCGUCAUGUGGAGCGAUGAGCAUGCGAGCAGCAUGGUAAAAUUUUUCGAAGACCUCGACGAGAUCGAACGGGCCACCAAACUCGAUAAGUUCAACAAGCAAUUAAUGGACGAAAAGGCUAGGGAAUACGCCAAGCUGCAAGAGCUUCUGGCGGAACGCGAGGCUUACACGUGGUCGGAGGUUGGGAAGUCUCUUGUCGAAGGCUUCGGGCAGCUCACCGAGCGGCUGCACCGUAAGCCAUCUAUGGAAGAACUCACGACGAUCGUCAGUAGAGCAUGGACCAAGGGAGGUGUCUGUCCGGAGAUCUGGAGGAGGGGCAACACUUUACUUUUCAAGAAAGUUGCAUGCGCCGCGCUCGUCAUGGUUGGAACAUGGAUCCUCAUGAAAGCCCUUCGUAAGGACCAAGAGGCGCUCGAGCGGUCAGAGCAGAUCAGCAUGUUCGCGUCGCUAGUCGGCGCCGUAAUGUACUUGUGGAACCCCGUGGUUGUACCUAUUGUGGCUGCGGUUGCGAAGGGCCUCGGCUGGGGCCUCAAGAAACUGCUCCCUACUCGUGCGCUGGGCUGGGUCGACGCUGCGAAGGUCCUCAGCAUGAAAUUUUCAAGAAAAUUCGUCAACGGAGCGGCAGGAGCAGUCUGCAGCCGAGCAUGGAGUAGCAUAGCUAGCGGCCUCACUCUGACCUUCGGCUUCUUCGUGUCCGUGUCCGCCCUAGUCGCAAGUGCGUUUGAGCUGAAGAAGAUGUUGAAAGAAGGGCGCACCAUCGACAAGUGGUUUGCAGGUGCACAGCUUACCGUUUCAGCGCUGAGCACCAUAGCGUUCUCGGUCCAACUCAUACCCUCCUGUGUCGCAUCCACUGCUAUUGUCGCCCUUUCUGGGACGGUUGGUAUGUGGCUGGCUGGAAUAGGUGUCGUAGUGGGUGUUGUGGCUUUAGCUGUCACUCUUUCACUGCCAGGCGAAGAUCGCGUGAAGAUGAUCAUUGACAAGUACGGUGCAAGAUAUGGAUUGCUCAGAUAGCCUGCGGCCCUAUACCUUACCUUAUAUUAGUAUGUGAGCGCCCAUAACACGUGAAGAUUCAA